CAAUUGAGUUAUCUAUGAGAAGAGUUAAGAUAUUCUAUGCUGUGAGUCUCCACCUACCUUUGAGAAAUGUAUGUAUGAUCAUUUAGGAGGCAGUGACAUUUGAGGAUGUGGCUGUGAACUUCACCAUGGAGGAGUGGGCUUUGCUGAAUUCAUCCCAAAGGGAGCUCUACAGAGAUGUGAUGGGGGAAACCUUCAGGCACGUGGCUGCCAUAGGAAGAGCUGGGAAUAAUCAAGAAGUUGAAAAAGAACACAAAAAUUCCUGGAGAAGUCCAAGAAAUGAAGAGUUAGGGAAAUUCCCUCAGUAUGAAGGUUGGAAUCAAUAUGAAGAAAUACUCCUUUGUACUCUACAUGCUAAUGUGAAUGUAAACCAAAUAGACAUACACAAUAGUGAUGAGAUCCAUCAAACAAACUGCAGUGGAGGGAAACACAGUGUAUGUAAACAAUGUGGGAAAGCUUUCAGAGGAAAGAGUCAUUUUGAAUGUUGUGAAAGAACUCACACAGGGGAGAAACUUCAUGUAUGUAAGCACUGUAGCAAAGCUUUCAGCACACGUGGAUCUUGUCAAGUACAUGAAAGACUUCACACUGGAGGAAAACCCUAUGUAUGUAAACAAUGUGGUAAAGUUUUCAGAGGAAAGAGUCAUUUUGAACGUCAUGAAAGAACUCACACAGGGGAGAAACCCUAUGUAUGUAAGCACUGUGGCAAAGCUUUCAGCAGACGUGGAUCUUGUCAAAUACAUGAAAGACUUCACACUGGAGAAAAACCCUAUGUAUGUAAGUACUGUGGCAAAGCUUUCAGCACACGUAAAUCUUGUCAAAUACAUGAAAGACUUCACACUGGAGAAAAACCCUAUGUAUGUAAACAAUGUGGUAAAGCUUUCACCACCCGUAUAUCUUGUCAAAUGCAUGAAAAACUUCACAGUGGAGAGAAACCCUAUGUAUGUAAACAAUGUGGUAAAGCUUUCAGCUUCCGUACAAAUUGUCAAAUGCAUGAAAGACUUCACACUGGAGAGAAACCGUAUGCCUGUAAACACUGUGGGAAAGCUUUCAGCACAAAACGUCAUUGUCAAACACAUGAAAGAGUUCACACUGGGGAGAAACCCUAUAUAUGUAAGCAGUGUGGGAAAGCUUUCAGCAGAAACACUCAAUGUCGCAGUCAUGAAAGAACUCACACUGGGGAGAAACCCUAUGUAUGUAAACAAUGUGGGAAAGCUUUCAGUACACAUGGAUAUUGUAAAAUACAUGAAAGAACCCACACUGGAGAGAAACCCUAUGUAUGUAAGCAAUGUGGGAAAGGUUUCAUUAGGUACUAUGAUUGUAAAAUACACGAAAGAAUUCACACGGGGGAGAAACCCUAUGUAUGUAAGCAUUGUGCGAAAGCUUUCAGCACGCACCGUGGUUGUAAAGAACAUGAAAGAAUUCACACUGGGGAGAAACCUUAUAUAUGUAAAGAAUGUGGGAAAGCUUUUAACCAAAAGAGUUGUUGUAAGAAACAUGAAAGAACUCACACUAGAGAAACACUAGUUAUGUAAGCAAUGUGGAAAAGUUAGCAAAAGCAAUCAUUGUCAAAAACAUGAACUCACACAAGGCAGAAACAUGCAAAAAUACUGUGGAAAAUUUUUCUGCACAUGCACAGAAUGCGUGUAAAAUAACAUGAAAGAAUUCAGACUGGAGAAACCCUUUGCAUGUAAAUAAUGUCAGAAAGCUUUUACCACACAUGGUUCUUGUGAAAUACAUGAGACAACACACAGGGGAUAAAACCUAUGUAUGUAAGCAAUGUGGGAAAGCUUUCAACACGUGGAUUUUGUGAAAUACAUGAGAGAACUCAUAGUGGAGAAACUCUAUGUAUGUAAGCAAUGUGGGAAAGCUUUUAGCAGAAACUCUGUCAGAUUCAUGGAAGAAUUCACACUGGGGAGAAACCCUUUGUAUGUACAGUGUGGGAAAGCUUUCACCAUACAUCAGUAUUGUAAGAUUCAUGAAAGACUUCACACUGGAGAGCAGCCCUGUCUGUGCAAGCAAUGUGGGAAUGUUUUCACAACAGACAGAUCUUGUCAACGACAUGAAAAAAUUGACAGUGGAGAGAAACCCUAUAUAUGUAAACAAUGUGGGAAAGCUUUUCCCACAAUCCAACAUUUGCGAACACAUGAAAGAAUUCAUACUUGGAAGAAAUUGUGUAUAUAAGCAUUGUAGGAACAAUUUCACAAGGCAGAGUGAAUGUAAAGUACAUGAAAGAAUUCACACUGAAAAUUCAUUCUAUGUAUAUAAACAAUGUACAAAUACUUUCUGUACACAUAAUAAUUCUAUAUUCAUGUAUUCAUAUAGGAAAGAACAUCCUGGGCAGAAAUCCUAUGUAUAUAAGUAAUGUGGGAAAGGUGCUAGUCCACAUCCAUCUUUAAGUACAUGAAAGAAACCUCACUGGAGAAAAACUUUAUACAUUCAAACCAAAUUUGAAAAUCCUGUGAAAAUUUUUCAUACAGUGGAGACCUGAAAUAAUGCCUGAUGUUUGAUGCCAAUACAUCUUCACAGAUUUUCCAGAAAAUACAGUUCCCAUAUAAAAUUGUCCUAAAGUAGGUGCAUAGUGUUGUUUUCAGUAAAUCAUUUAUACAUAUCUAUAUUGUGUAUUUGUAGGGUUUAAUAUGAAAAUAUUGAGUUUACAUAAUUUUGUAUUUUUAAAUGCUGAAUACAUAGUGUCUUUUAAUUAAAUAUGUUGAAUUGGAAAAUGUACUUUUUAGUUUCAAGUAUGGUGGUUUUCUAUGGACUUAAUGUUUUUCCUUCAUUAUUGGCAGAUACAGGCAAUAUUGCAUAUUUUUCUUUCCUACUGGAGCCAAUCUUAUCAUUUCCAUAAUUUUUUUUUACCAUCAAAAUUUUAUGUUUCAUGUUUAUAUUGCAGUUUUAAUACAGUGUUAAUUUUUCCACCGUAUGUAUCCAAAAUAAACCAUACUGCAAGCCUUCUGUACAAAGAAAAAG